GCAGACGCUCACGUGACUCUCCCUUACAAAUGGCUCUUGGGCCGCUGCUGAGUUGUGAACUGUGUUGAUCCAGGCGGGACGAAGCUUCCCUACCACCCACCCCUCCCGGAGGUGACACAGCGGCUACGCUCUUUGAAAGGAAAGUGGUAAUCGAGGCAUUUUUGUCUGGGUCCCUCUGCACCAUGCACCAUAUGAUAGAAGUGGCCAUUCCAUCCUUCAGAUACGAGGAGAGCGAUCUGGAGAGAGGGUACACGGUAUUUAAAAUCGAAGUACUUAUGAGUGGAAGGAAGCACUUUGUGGAGAAACGGUACAGUGAAUUUCAUGCACUCCACAAAAAGUUGAAGAAAAGCAUUAAAACACCUGAAAUGCCUUCAAAGCACGUGAGAAACUGGGUACCUAAGGUCUUGGAACAACGACGCCAUGGUUUGGAAGCCUACCUUCAGGCUAUUCUGAUUGAGAAUGAAGAACUACCCAAGAUAUUUCUAGAUUUCCUUAACAUUCGUCAUCUCCCUUCUUUACCAAAAGUUGAAAGUUGCAGCUCCAUCGAUGACUAUGAUUGUGAAGAAUUCAGCAAACUAUCCCACCAGCCAGUGCUGCUUUUCCUGAGGGAUCCAUACAUCCUGCCCACAGCCACAGAUGACUUCCCGAAUGUAGUUAUUGAAGGUGUUCUACAUGGGAUAUACUAUCCAUACCUUCAGCUAAGGUAGAGCAGAAUCUACAACAAAAAUGCGUCUCAAGAGACCCAACCACAAGAGUAACAAGUAACAACUAUUAAAGGUGCACAUUUUUUAUAAGCAGCUGUCAGUCAGCUCUGAUUGAUUUUCCUUGGCAAGUUGUACAUCUGAAGCUCAAUACACUUUUUUUUAACUUUUACAUAACACAUUACAUUAACUUGUGUAUAUAUAUUUAAAAAGGGCUGUCAUAUAAAUGUUUAUCAUUGAAUGUGUGACAAAUUUCAAUGCGAACCCUGAGAGUAUGGAACUCGUUAUAAUGCGGAAUCCAUAUUUUUUUGAAUUUUAAAAUCAAGAACAUCACAUCGUUGUUAAAUGGAGAACAUUUCUAUUUUAAGCCUUAGAUUUUUUUCUGUUAGAAGAACUCUAAUCAGUGCAAUAACGGUUAUUGUAAAUAAACAUUUCAGGUAGAAAUGUGUUUGCAUUUGAUAAUGUAGAAAUGAAAACCAAGAUAUCUGUAAAUCACACAAUAGCCCUUUAUACUUAAGUUUGUAAUUUUGUUAACACUUCAUUGAAUGAGAAAAGCAUACCUAUUAUUUUAUAAUUAUUUUAUGUAAUAAAUUUGGACAGCACUGAACAAAAA